AUGCUCAAUUUGACUAAAAGAGCGGCUUGGGCUGAACAAGCGGGCUACGAUGAGGCUCAGAUCGCCAUGCUGGCAGUGGGUUCAGCUAUGGUUCUUUUCAUGUGUCCAGGACUGGCAUAUCUAUACUCAGGAUUGGCGAGACGGAAGUCUGCACUUCACAUGGUUUGGAUAGUAAUGGCAGCGUGUCUGGUGGCCAUAUUUCAGUGGUACUUCUGGGGCUACUCAUUGGCCUUCAGUGGAACAGCUACGAAUAAGUUUAUCGGUAAUCUCCACAACUUUGGAUACCAGAACUUGGAAAGAGAUGCAGGUGGAUAUCCCGAGAUGCUUUUUGCGAACUUUCAGGGGAUGUUCUUGUGUGUGACUGUGUGCAUCGUGGUUGGGUGUAUUGCCGAAAGAGGGCGAGUGUUCCCAUGCUUGGUGUUCUGUUUCAUGUGGGCUACCUUGGUGUACUGUCCUGUGGCGUGUUGGGUUUGGAACACGAAUGGCUGGGCCUACAAGUGGGGAGUAUUAGAUUAUGCAGGUGGAGGACCAGUUGAAAUUUUAUCUGGAUUUUCAGCGUUUGUCUACAGCGCUGUUUUGGGGAGGAGAAAUGAGACCAUGAUGGUCAACUUUAGACCUCAUAAUGUCUCCAUGGUCACCAUUGGUACUUCUUUCCUUUGGUUUGGCUGGUUGGGAUUCAAUGGGUUUUCGUGUUUGACUCCUUCUCUCAAAGUUCCAUACUCAAUUAUGAACUCUAACUUGUGCGCCGCGUUUGGCGGAUUGACUUGGUGUAUUUUGGAUUGGAGGAUCGAGCGCAAAUGGUCCACUGUUGGCCUAUGCUCAGGUAUCAUUUGUGGUCUUGUGGCGGCGACUCCAACGUCCGGAAUAAUUCCAUUAUGGGCAAGUGUCAUUCUUGGAGUGUUCACCAGCAUUGUGUGUAAUUUCAGCACCAAAAUCAAGUUCUGGUUAAGGGUGGAUGAUAGCAUGGAUGUGAUGGCAGAGCACGGAAUGGCUGGUGUGAUUGGACUGCUCUUCAACGGAAUCUUCGGAAGUUCUGCUGUUAUUGGUUACGACGGUGUGACAGAGCACGGUGGUGGUUGGAUUGACCACAAUUGGAAGCAAUUGUACAUCCAGGUUGCCUACAUUGCCGCGUGUGUCGGUUACUCUUGCGUGGUGACUGCUAUUAUCUGCUUAGUUUUGAACCGCAUCCCAGGCUGCAAUCUGAGAGCCCCUUCAGAUGGCGAGGAAAGAGGCAUGGACGAAGACCAGAUCGGCGAAUUUGCCUACGAUUAUGUCGAGGUCAGAAGAGACUUUCUUUCAUGGGGUGAGACCAAGAACGCAUUGAGCGUUAAUGGCGAGGAACCCGAGCCUCUACUAGGCGCAGGCUAUCACGAGUCAGCGUUAGCCGGCGAACAGACUCACGAGACCGAUAAGACGCGUGGCGGGAGCGACCACGAGAAGGACGGGGAGCAGUAG